AUGGAGUUCCCUGCAGCCUCUGCCCACAGAGGACUUGUUCCCUGGCUGGCGCUCCUGCUGGCUGCCUUCUGGAUCCCGCCCACCACUGGGCGAUUUGGUAUUGUCACAACCAGUGUUGCUGAAGGGCAGGAUGUGAUUCUACGUACCAUCGAUACUCCUCCUGAAGUUUCAGGCUAUCUGUGGUACAGGGGACUAGAGAUUAAGUUCUCUAAUUUAAUUGGGGUUAUUGCAUGGCACUUAAGUGGACAAGUAAAAGGGCCUAAAUACACUGGUCGAGAGAUAGCAAAACUUGACGGAUCCCUGACCAUAAGAAAAGUCACUCCGAGGGACCAAGGAAACUACAUCGCAGUAGCCGUCCUUCCAAAAUCAAGAGUAACAGGAUUUGGACGACUCAAUGUAUACCGACCAGUGAGUGUGCCCACACUCCUAGCCAGCAGCACCACAGUCACAGAGAAUGAGGAUGCUGUGGUCAUGACUUGCUACACAGAUGUGAGCUCCACCGACUGGUUAUUCAAUGCUACGUGUCUGCGACUCAGGGAGAGUAUGAAGCUGUCCGAGGACCACAGAACCCUCACCAUAGACCCUGUCAGGAGAGAGGAUGCUGGGAACUACCAGUGUAGUCUCCAACCCCGUCAGUUCCGCUGA